UCAGUGUCAUAAUGUGCCAACAGUCAAGACUACAAAUGAUCCAACAGUGCCCAUACAUAUUAGAAUGGGCAAAAACCUUGCAACAAGCAACACAAAACACAAAGGGGAUGGGGCCGGAGCAAUAGUACAGCAGGGAGGGCUUUUUCCUUACAUGCGACCGACCUGGGUUCAAUCCCCGGCAUCCCUUAUGGUCCCCCAAGCACUGCCAGGAGUAAUUCCUGAGCACAGCUGGGUGACCAAAAAAAGCAAAUAAAACGAAACAAACACAGGAGUUGUACAAAGAGCCAUUCUGGGUCAGCAAAAGGAAAACAGAUGUAGUGAGGAGAUUCAAAGCGCUAGAGCCCAGGGCUGGAGAGAUAGCACAGCGGGUAGGGCGUUUGCCUUGCACGCGGCCAACCCGGGUUCAAAUCCCAGCAUCCCAUAUGGUCCCCUGAGCACGGCCAGGGGUAAUUCCUGAGUGCAGAGCCAGGAGUAACCCCUGUGCAUCACCAGGUGUGACCCAAAAAGCAAAAAAAAAAAAAAAAAAAAGCGCUAGAGCCCAUGUAAGAGCCUGGUUUCAAUCCCCAGCAUAAAGUCCCCAAAGCAAUACUGUGCGUAUCACCCAUGCGCCAAGCUAGUGAAUAAUGAAAGAAACCUAGUGUUUCUCAUUUACAAACCUACAAUGUUAUCCCUAUCCUGCAAUUGGGAGAAAUGAGACAAUGCUAGGAAGACAGAGGUAGGCCACCAGUGUUUUUACAUUUUGCCUCAAUUCGUUUUUUCAUAGCUGAGUUCCAGGUCAGUCAGGCAGUAUGGGAGGGAACUGGGUAGUGGAGCAGGGCAGGGGCUGGGCCAGGCACUGAAGCGAGACAAGGCCCAGAGGCAGCCAGUUCUGGGCACAGUCAGCUGCCUGCUUCGCCUGCCAUGGCGCUGCUGCCUCUGGCCUGGCUGGCCCGGCGCUGCUACCGUUGCCUUCUCCGGCCGUCCCGGGCGCUGGCAGGCCAAGGCUCCUGGAGGUGCUGCUCUCAAAGCCCCGCUGCAAGCUCUCCAGAGGCCACCAGCUCCCCAGAUGAGAAGAUAAGGACACCCCCCAGGGGCGCCCGGCCCCGCCCCUCCGUGGAGCUGACCCAGGCGGAGGAGCUGCUGGAGCAGCAGCUCGAGCUGUACCAGGCUCUGCUAGAAGGGCAAGAAGGGGCCUGGGAGGCCCAGGCCCUAGUGCUCAAGAUCCAGAAGCUGAAGGAACAGAUGAGACGACACCGUGAGAGUCUUCGGGACGAUGCCUAAGCUCCCCCCAGAUGCCUCGCCACUGAGCCCCAAGAGCCCUGGGGUAAACAUCUCCGCCUCUCCCAAGGGAAAUGAGAAGAC